ACUGCCUUUACAUAAGAUAGUCUAUGCUAACAUUUGGUUUUCUGUUCACGAUUCAUUUUUUCAGGAAAUACACUAUAUCCCGUGGUUUAUUUUCUUGCGUGUUUGAGGACCAGACGUCCUUUAAGUGAAAACGAAAAGGGAAUUCACGGCCAUCCAUGUCGCUUCGUUUUUGGAUAAUUUUGCUGGUGCUGGCUUAUACCGGUUCAUCAUCCCUGCAGAAUAAUUUUUCAUGCGAAUUUGCAGAAAACGAAUUUGGGCAAAACUGCUCCAGCAAACCCCUAUCGCCACUGAUUUUGCUGCAUUAUUUAAUUAAUUGUUAAACGAAAUUUGUUUUAAAUUAGAUAAUAUCAACACUUAAUUUUUUACAACAAUGUUCAUUCAUAUUUAAAAGAACUAAUCAAUUGAAACUUAAUUUUUAUUUAACAUUAAAUACUUAAAUACGAUUCCAGUUCUAACCGGUUCUAACUAGCAACAAUAACCGGUUCUAACUAGUCGUUUUUUCUUAUUUCCUCGAAUUUCCCCGAACAAUGAAAACUAAUUUUAGAUAAAAAUUAAGCUUGAAUAGAUUAAUUCUUUUAAAUAUGAUUGAACAUUGUUUCUAAAAUAGUAAUUGUUGAUAUUUUCUAAUUUAAAACGAUUUUCGUUAAACAAUUUAUUUAAAAAUUUAGCAAAACCAGUGGCGACAGGGGUUCGCUGAUGCAAUUUUGGGGUGGCUAGGUUAUAAGUAGGGGGGGGCUCUCCACCUACCUCAAUCAUACGUUCUGUAUUAUCCUACGAAUACAAACUCAAAAACGGGAAUGAAUACUCAACCAAUUCGAAAACUCCCUGGAGCUAAGAAAGAAUUUCCUUUUGUCAAAUCCACCAUUGACAAUAGGAGACCGGUCAAAUUGGCUAAACCAACAGUCAAUGCGACCCAACCAACGACUUUGAAUCCGGAUAAAAUCAAAAUAGUACCAGCUAAUUCCACCAUGGCUGAUGGGGUCCCACAAAUGCCCAAAGUUGGAUUCCGUUUUCAAGGAUUUGGCUCGACCUCAAUCACGGCCGCCAUUCCCAAUUCCCAGACUAUCCGUCCAUUACCAACUCAUUUGGACAAAAAGAUCCAUCCACGUGAUUGGACUUUUUCCCCGAAACCUGAAUUGACAAUCGCUAUUAAAAAGACUGACGGGACAGAUUUGAAACCGAAACCAUUCAAAGCCAACCCUGUUCCCAGCAGUCACUAUAACCUGCCUUACCAGACUCCUAAGAAAAGCAAGACUGUAAUGGCCAAGAAACCUGAACUGGCAGACGCUAAGAAGACGGGCGGGACAGAUUUGAAGCCUUUCAAAGCCAACCCUGUUCUCUCGACUCCCAAGAUAAGCAAGACUGAAGUUGCCAAGAAAGUCAACGCUCCCGGACUUGUAAACCGAAUGUGGCACUCGAUGAUCGACCCGAUUUUGCACCCGCACGAUGAAGCAUCCACUGAAACAGUUCCUUUACCCGACAAGAAGAAAUCUUUGGACCACGUCAUGAGCAAGCAAUUCCGAGCCAAACCUGCUCCUCCCACCACUUACAAACAGUCGAUCCCUGUAGUGCCCCAAAAACGCCUUCCUGUCAGAAAUGUAAAAAUCGUGAAACAUUUGGAUCCGGCUGAAAAGGCUGAGCUGCAGGAGUUUGAGUUGACUGAAAAGGCAAUUCUUCAACAAGUGGAUGCCGAGAAAGAUGAGAUGACUCCGUCUCGUUCCCUGAAGAAAAUUGGACCCGGAGAAGAAGAUGUCCACAACGCUGACUUACCCGACCAUCCCGGAUUGGCAAACCGAAUGUGGCAUUCAAUGGUUGAUCCGAUUUGGCAUUCUAAGAAACCGGAACCGGAUGAGAAAUCGAUUGCAGGAAACGACGAUGAAGGAAAACCGGAUGUGAAGAAGUCAGAUGUCCAGGACGAGGUCGAAGUUCAUGAGGAUCUCCAAGCAUCGGAAGUAGAUGAUACCUCAGACAAAUUAAGCCUGGAUGCUUUAAUGCAGUUAGUUCCGGAAGCCUUCCAUGUCCAACCGGAUGCAAAGAAAAUUGAGACUGUACCAGCACCGGAAGAAAAUGAGAUAGCAUCAAAUCCAGACGUUCUAAAUCCAAUACGAGAGGCUGAUAAGAUUUUUCCAUUCAUUCGGACAGUUGAUUCUCGGUUGGAGACGGAAGGCGCUAGUACCCGAAAGAUAAGGCGGCGACACGAAAAGAAACGGAAGAACAACAAAAACAAAAACAACAAUGAUGUCUUACCUGACCAUCCCGGAUUGGCAAGCCGAAUGUGGCACUCCAUGAUCGAUCCGAUUUGGCAUUCUAAGAAACCGGAACCGGAUGAGAAAUCUAUCGCAGGAAACGAUUCUGAAGAAAAACCGGAUGAAAAGAAGUUGGAUGUCGAGGACGAGGUCUUAGUUGAUGAGGAUGUUGAAUUGCCGUCCGUUCCGGAAGCACCCCAUGUCCAAAAGAUAACAAAGGAAAUUGUGACUGUAGCAGCAGUACCGGAUGAAAAUGAGAUUGCACCAAACCCAGAGGCCGAUCUGGAUCCAAUACGAGAGGCUGUUGAGAUUUUGCCAUCUACUCGGACAAUUGAAUCUCGGUUGGAAACGGAAGCCGCUGGUAUCCCGAAGUUAAGGAGGCGACACGUCAAGAAACGGCGUCAUUCUGACAGUCAAUUGCCAAGACCGCAACACUAUGAAGAGCAUCUCGAAAAGCCCGAGGAACUCGUCCGCCCUGGACUACUAAGACGCGCUGUGGUGGGAAUAGGUUCGACUGUGCUGUCCGCCGGUAGGUCGGUGUUGUCGGGUGUUGGAUCGGUGGUCGGCUUCGGGAGAAACAGGACCCCAGUUAGCACUCCCGCAGAACCGGCUGCCAAACCCGACAAGAAGCAUCGUCAUCACAAGAAAAAGUCUCAUCAGAAACGUACAGGAAAGGAUCUUUAAGUGACGGGGGUGACUGAUGGAAUCAGGAAGGACCGGAGUAGGAUGACGCGCUAAACUUGAGGAGAUGUUUGGGAAAUGUUUGGUUUAUUUUUUCAGCUUGUCUUUCUUAAAAAAAAAUUCUUAUCA